UCGUAAUUUUCUCGACUGGAAAUUCUCUCUUUACCAGGAACAGUUAAUACUCUUGCGACUAGGUUAAAUUUAACUCAUUUUAAAAUCCCAUUAGGAUACUCUUUGAUGAUACCAGGGAAACUCUUUAGCAGGGAUAAAAUGCUUUAAUUAGUUCUCGUUAACCCUGCGAACAAAAAAAAAAAAAAAUCUUCCGAUUUGGCGUUGCAUGUCAGUCGGUCGGUAUGUCACGACUCUGCUUCUUUCAAUUGAUAUUUUAUGAAAUAAAAAUGCACUAACUCAUAGUUUAGUAGACGAAGUGCCGUCUAACGGCACAUUUGUUAGAAAUGGCAUCAAAAUCUUGUUAAUUUUUCUCCCCAAUUUUGGAUCAAAAUUCAAACUCGUAAAUACUAGGAACGUAUUUUGUUGUCUGUUCAAUUCAAUCAUACUGUAAUAACUGUACUCGUUAGGAAAUAUCUUUGAGCUCAAUUGUAUUCAAUACAUUUUCGUGGGAAAUAUUUCACUGGCUUCCUCUUCAUUUAAUUCUUGAUUUUGAAUGAGAUAAAAUUAAAAGUAAAAAAAAACAAACAAAGAUGAAAAACACAAAUUGAAAUAUUAUAUUGGGCAACGUUGGUGACUAGCAGUCGAAAAAUGUCUGUCAUCAAACGUGCUAGUCAGUUAUUUUUAAAUCGCAAAUAUUUUUCGUUUGUUUUGAAGAAAUUUAGUUCAGCAGUGCCUGAGAAACCCAUCGUUCUUGAAAGGGAAGGUGAAACAGCUUCUGUCAAAAUUGAUUCCAAGACUAUCGAGCACUUGGAGCGGCUCUCAUUGGUGGAUUUCGCCAAUCGUGAAGGCAUUCGUCGAUUAGAAGAAGCUAUUCAGUUCGCCAAUCAGAUACAUUCUGUAGAUACAUCGGCAGUGAAACCCUUGAUAAAUGUCCUAUACGAAGAGUACAUUCAAUCACUGAGAGAAGAUUGUGUGACUGAGGGUAAUAUCAGAGAAGAAAUCCUCUCCAAUGCUACUGUGACAGAAGAAGAGUAUUUCUAUGCCCCACCAGGCAACAUCCCUCUUCCAGACAAAGAUUGUUCCUACAAAAAUUGAAGACCA